UCAACAAUCAGUUGUCAUAAAAUAACAAAAUUUCGUGUUGUUUGGUGUGGUUGCGGAGUUUCCCUUAGAAAUUGUGCAAAAAUGUCCGUAAAACACACCACAGAGAAGGCAUUACAAAUGCUAAGGACGCUACCACGCGUGACAAUUGGAAACAUUCGCGAUAAUCCGCAAUCGAAGCAGAAUUCAAAACGCGGCCGUGGACAACACGGUGGCGAUAAGCAUGGCGCCGGUAAUAAAGGAUCCGGCCAGCGACAAAACUACAUGCGCCUCGGAUACGAAACCGGGAACACGCCGUUUUAUCUCCGUUUCGGUUACGAACCGUACUACAAAGGGCACCACCUGAAGCGUGAGUAUCCACCGAUCAGUCUACACCAGCUGCAGAAACUCAUCGAUACGGACCGGCUUAGCACGCGGGCGCCCAUCGAUCUUACCACCAUCUGCAACACGGGACUGUUCGAGAUUCGGCCCGACCUGCUGCACCAUGGCGUACAGCUAACCGACGAAGGGGUGGACGAUUUCCGGGCAAAAAUCAACAUCGAAGUACAGCACGCACCCGAAUCAGUGAUUGCGGCCAUCGAGCGUAACGGUGGAGUGAUUCGCACUGCCUACUACGAUCCUCACAGCCUGUACGCGGUCGUCAAUCCGAAGAAAUGGUUCGAAAAGGGUGUACCCAUUCCGAGGCGCAUGCUUCCACCGCAGGACGCGGUCGAGUACUAUACCGAUGCGCGCAACCGUGGCUAUCUAGCCGAUCCGGACCAAAUCAGCCAGGAGCGGUUAGUGCUGGCCCAGAAGUAUGGUUACGCACUGCCAAAGAUUGAAGACGAUCCGGACUACGCGAUGCUGACGGAAGCUAAAGAUCCACGGCAGAUUUUCUUCGGCCUUAAUCCGGGUUGGGUUAUAAGUUUAAAGGAUCGAGCAAUUAUUAAGGAAAAGCAGUGAAAAGAUUCUUGCUGGCUUUGUUAAGCGUAGUGUGAAAGGAAUACAUGAAGUGAAACUUUCGAAGAUGUUAAAAA